AUGGCACCCAAAACCGGUCGAUGGGGAGCUGCCCUCUCCAAACUACGAAAGACACCAACGCAGUCUGCCCAACCUCCACGUGAGCCAGAGCUUGCCCGUGAGCAGACCCAGAACGAGAUGGUCUAUCCUCGUUUUCAACGCCCGGUGUCGAAUGAGACCCCUGAUUAUUCUGAAUUCAUGUUCCCACCCACUCCCCUCCCAACUGUUCCUAUGGCGCCCGAUUCUAAUCUGAAUCCUCUGGCAAUGGCUUCUACCAUUUCUCAGGGCCGCCUGAAUGCUCUGCGCUCAGGAAAGGACUUGGAUAAGUUUUUCCAACGGGGUAAGGACUGUAUUGAUGCUUAUGCCCAGGCCACCAAGGCCAUGAUGGAAGAUGCUUGUGCCCGCGUCAAAGAUGGAGAGGAACCUCCAUACGAAGAGAUUGAACAGAUGAAACAACGCUUCUUCAAUUACUGCCAGUCAAUCGUCGAUGAAGCAUUGUCCCUGAUCUCAGGCGGUGCCACCAGUCAGUCCCGCAAGGUCAGCAACUCGACCAUGCCUUCAAUGGACACCACAACUUCCGCCACGACUGAGUCUGAGCCGAAAACUCCAAAGGAGGUUAGCUCGUUUGAUGACAGAUGGGAAUUUUCUGAGACAUUGCUCGCGUCUAGCGGCCAGCGCCACCUUCGUCUCUACACCGUCAGCAGCGACGACUGGGUCAUGGUCCCAUCGAUGCCCUCGCCCACCUCUCCGACCAAGGUUGUGGCCCCCGAAAACAUGGACCCUGUGGAGGAAUCGAUUCAUCUCGGUGUCAUCGUUCGCAUUUUCGGCAAGUUGUACACUGUGUCGAAGAUGAUGGAGACAAUCACCUUGUAUUACGGUGCUGAGCCCAACAACUCUGAGACCGGCCUGACCUACUGGAUCAAACGCAGCGAGCAAAACUUGCGCACCCAGAAGAUGGCUGUGCUGAUUGACACUGUCGAAAAUCUCUAUUACGCCCUCUACGCCUGCAUUACGAUUGAACUAGCCAGCAUCGAGCUCUGCGGUUCCUUCCGAAUCGACACUAGUGCAUUGCGAAUCGAGCUUCCAUACCUUAUGCCAGAGGCUGAUCAUCUCUACCGCAUCGUCAUGACGUUCAAGGAUGUACUGGACUCUCCGGAGAUUUGUGCAAUCCUUCGGAAAGACAUCAUUGACCACUUUCAGCGAGAAUAUGUCAAACACCUUAUUACGAAAGAGCCAAGUCUGGAUGAGCUCCCAUUUGAUGCCCUCAGAUAUCGCCCGUUUGCGAAGAGAACUGUUUCUUGUCGACACGGAUCCUACUUUCAGAAAUGGAAAGGACUGAUUCCAUGCUUCGACUCCAUCCCGGCAGAGACCAUGGCAGCAAUUUCGGACAAGUAUUUCACCAUGCAUCCCGUCACUAUUCCGCCGCCCGACAUUCCAUUUGAGCAGCUUCCAUGGAUCUUCCCGGAAGAUAUUGGCAUGGCGAUCUGGGACACAGAUAUUGUGGCUGACAGGCGCAUGUCUAAGCGCGCCCAGGAGCUGGGAACAUGUAUCGGAGAGGAGCGCAAGAACGCACCCACCCCUGGUCUUUACUACCUUGUUAGACAGCAAAAGUGCAUUUGCGACUCUAUCUGUUCAUGCUCCCUACAGUGUACCCUAGAGGUGGAGCGCCCCUGCCCUUGUGCGGAACGCGUUGUGCGCAUCAUGUCGACCAAGCGUCGUCUUGGACACCGAAAGAAUGGGCCUACUUUCGCCGCUACUGCAUCUACUACUGCUCGCAUGUUCUUCGAUGGCUUGGCUCAGCUCAAGCGUGACGUUAAGGCCACUGAUAUUGCCAAUGAAUUGGGCAAGGCUUUCGAAUUGUUUUCUCUGUUGAUCUCCAAGGAACGUGAGACUCGCAGAAAUGACAUCCAGGCAAACAUCUAA